AUGCAAACUAUUUCGCAAAAUGAAUCAAACUUCAAGAGUCCUGGAGAAAUUUUCUUCAAUGUUUUGAAGAACGACGUGGACCCCAAUAAGAUCGCAAUGAUCGAUAAAGUUACCAAGAAACAAAUCAAUUACGGUGAACUUCUGGAUCAAAGUUUGAAGCUGGCCGAAGAGUUGAAAGCGCUUGGUGUUAAAAAAGGUGAUUUCGUUGGGAUCGUGUCUGGAAAUCGGCCAGAGUUUUUCGUUCCUGUUUUAGCCUGCUUCUUCCUCGGAGCCGCCAUCCAUCCGAUCAACGAAGUCUAUUUAUUAAAUGAGUUGAAAGCUGCAUUUAUUCACUCCAAACCGAAAGUUAUGUUCACAACUCAGGAUCAUUUUGAAAAGGUUCUCGUACUGAGAGAGAUCACCGAUUACAUUAAUAACAUAAUUAAUUUCGAUGGAAAUUAUUUGGAGAUCAUCCAAAAACGAUCCGGUUUAAACGAAAAGCAAAUUGUGGGAGGUUGCGAAGAUGAUUGUGCCUUGCUUCUCAACUCAUCUGGAACAACAAGUUUUCCGAAGAGCGUGGUUUUGACCCAAAGAAAUGUUAAGACGAUAUUCAAUUAUUUAAAAUUACCGUAUAUCGAUUUAAAUACUGAGAACGUCUUUAUCGGAAUGAUGCCAUUCUACCACUGUUUCGGUUUAAUACUUGGCUUAGGUAGCAUAGUUAAUCUCUCGAUGAUGGUCAUUUUGCGGAAGUUCAAUCCCAAAGAUUAUUGCGAAAUAAUAGAAGAGUACAACGUGACUUGUCUUCAGAUCGUUCCUUCCAUUGGUGUCUUUUUAGCUAAACAUCCUAUGAUAAUGGAUUACGAUUUUUCUAGGGUAAAAGAUAUCGUUUGCGGCGCUGCUCCUCUUGGAGUCGAAGUUCAGGACGCUUUAGAAAAAAGAUUGAACUGCAAGAUACGGCAGAUGUAUGGAAUGACGGAAACUUCAGGAUUGAUAAGUCUGGUACCUACGGGCGAUGAAUCAAAAAUUGGAGCUUCAGGAAAACCAUUACCCUGGGUAGAUAUAAAAGUUAUCGAUAUUGAUAAUAACGAAGAGAUGGCUCAAGGUGGGAUUGGUGAGUUGUGCGUGAAAACUAUACAAAACAUGAAAGGUUAUUUGGGUAUGGAUGAAGACACUAAAAGCCUCUAUUGGAACGAUGAUUACUUUCGAACCGGAGAUAUAGGUUACAUAGACGAAAACGGAGAAAUCUUUAUCCUCGAUAGAUUAAAGGAAAUGAUCAAAUAUAAAGCAUUCCAAGUUUCUCCAUCUGAAUUGGAAGACAUACUGAAUUCACAUGAAUACAUCGUGGAGUCAGGCGUUAUAGGAUUACCGGACGAAAGAGCCGGAGAACUUCCAAUGGCUUUUGUUGUUAAGCGGGAAAACGUCGAUCUCAGCGAAGAAGCUGUUAAGGAAUUCGUGGCUGGUCAUGUUUCAUUGCACAAGCAACUUCAUGGAGGCGUCAAGUUCGUUAAAGAAAUUCCCAAAGGCGCAUCUGGAAAGAUUUUGCGAAAAACACUGCGACAAUUAAUCAAAUGAACAUUUCUCUAGCAAAUUUUACUUAUUUAGAAUGGAAUUCAAGUGGUUUUUAAAUGUUAUUAAUACUUGCAGUUACAGAUAGCCAAAAUAGUGAUUGAAUGAAAAAAUAUUUCAUUUGUAAGUUAUGGUGAUUACCCAUAUAA